AUGAAAUCUGAUAGUCCUCUUAAGAAACUAUAUUUAAAACGUUCUCGUAAUUUUUACAAACUUACAAAAGAUGAUAUUAAAAAUAUGGGAAGAGAUGAGAAGUUUAAAAUUAUUAAAAAACUAUUUGAUCUUACUUCAGAUGCACAAAUAACUGUUGAAAAAAAUCAAGUCCCCUUUACAGAUUACCUUAAUGUAAUUGAAGAAAUUAAGAUUAGGGC